AUGCAGGCAUUUAAUUUCGACAUUCGGAAUUCGACCACUCCCAGUGUCGAUGACACCCGAAGUCGCUAUGUCCCGAGUUCCAUCUACAGCGGGCCAGGGCCGGCAGAGGAAUCACCUCUCCCUGCUCAUCCACAGCAUCCGUUCUACGUCAAUGGAAAUGGAAAUGGAAAUGGAAAUGGAAAUGGAAAUGGAAAUGGAAAUGGAAAUGGAAAUGGAAAUGGAAAUGGAACUCCCCACAUAAUGCUCAGUCAGAUGAGCGCAUACAUGCCAUACGAACAGAGGUUCGACCAGAGACCGGCGCAGCAGCUGCGUGCUUCCACCAUGCUCAACGUCAACGAUCCUGUUUCGAUGCACCUACUGAUGGAAACCGCGAUUCAUGACAGUAAAGAAUUUGAGAUACUUUCCUUCGAAGAGUUGGAGCAAUUGAAAACAGAACGGCUGUUCCUGAGAAAAAAGGUCGAGGGUGCGAAGCGACAAUAUGCACUGGAGAAAAAAAUGCACGAGGCAGGACUGCUCAUGAACAAACUCACUCCUCCUACUUCGAACGAUCGGGCAAAACGACAAUCGAGCAUAUUCAGCAGAAAACCUAGUAGUACUGCCACACCUAAUGAGGAUUUGAGUGCCAGCAGCGAGAAGCUGGAACACCUCGCGCAAGAGGUCACUAUCAUACAGACAAGGUUACAGGAGGUGGAUGCGCGGAUCAUGCAACAUACUGCUGGUAUACUGCAAUUCACUCAUCGAGGUUUGAAGAAGAAUAUACGUAAGAACGAAUUACCGAGAAGUCCAGAAAGUAUGGCCAGCCAGUCGCGCAGGAUGUCUAGGUCGGACGGCACAAGCGAUUUCGAUGAAAAUAGCCUUUACCAGGUCCCAGACUAUGUACAUGAGUAUGCAGCUACCUCAAGAGCGAGUCGUAGAUUGACUCGUGACAUCCAGCCUAUCGAAGAUGUCGCUCUGCGGCUGCAUACCAUCAAUACCCAGGUACACGGUAUGUUACAGCAGGUCGCCCUUACUGAGUACUUCGAGCCUCCCCCAGAAGCGAAUGACGGAAGGCUGCAGGGAAAGCUAGGAGCUCAGAUCCAAGCGCACUUGACCUAUCUCGCGCAGGGUCUUGAAGCUCUAAGUACUGCUCAGCAGUCAGUAGUACAUGACUCGCACGAGGACUCGGUUGACCAGCUCAAUGAGCUUACAAGCAGACUUGAGGGCAUGCUAGAAAGCACAAACUCGGUAAGCAGGAGUCCGAUUAUAGAACAGGAUCCUCGACAGGGCGAUGAUUUACAAUCACAAUUAGCAUAUUCUGCCACGGUGCUUGACCGCCUAGACCAGCGAGUAGGCACUUUGCUAGAGCAGAAGGACAUUCUCACAAGACAGAUACAGCAGCAAAGAGAGCUAAACUCCAAAUCAGAUGCGCAACGUGAUGCUCAUAUCCGAGAUCUGACUGAAGAAUUGGAAGAGGCAAAGAAUCUGCAGGCUAUGAGUGAAAAAGAGAUGCAGCAGACACAAGCACAAGUAAAUCUAUUGAUGGAGCAACUUGACCAGGCCAAACACCGCGAAGAGCUAUCAGAAAAACAGAUGUCCAUGCAGGACAAUCAAGCGCUUGAAAGUGAAAGGAAUGCUAGGAAAGAAAGCGAAGCUAAAUUGAUACAAGAACUCGAAUUGCAGCACCACACCCUGUCUGAGUUACAAGCGGACCAUGCUAAAAUGCAGAAUGAUUUUGAGCUCAAACUCCAGCACCAUACUCGACAGCUAAACGAUGCGACCACUACAAAGGAUCAAGCCGAGCUAGAAUUGAAACAGAAAAACGAAGAACUCGAGGCGUUACAGAAGGAGCUGCAGUCAAUGGAAACUCAAGUUGUGCAGUCUCAAACAGAGCUUACCAUGGCUCGUGCAGAAUUGGACAGCGCUUAUGGUAGUCGAGCCCAACGUGCGGCUGAUGUUUCGAUGAACCCUGACAUUAAGAAACAAAUUGAUGAGCUUGUAGCCAGAAAUACCGAGCUUACACAAGAACUCGACCUCCUCUCUCAAGCUCACGAAACCAAAGGUGUUGGUAGUGCCGAAUUGCAAAACAAGGUCAACUCUUUGCAGAAGGAGCUCAAGGAUACAAUUGAGGAUUAUGAAGUCAUGACAAAAGCCAACAUUGACGCUGAAAAAGAACGGGACCGGCUAGAAGCAACGGUUGACGAAUUACGUGCGCAUUGCGAUUCACUCAAAGCCCAAUUGAACGAAGAUCAAGUCAAAUGGAUUGGAGUAAAGAAUUCAGGCAAUCUGCCACCCGAGACGACUAGUACGAUGGUGCUGAAGAGCGAAUUCAAGAAGAUGAUGCGUGAUAGUCGUGCUGAGAGCUUGAAGGUGAUAAAGGCCGAGCAAGAAGAACGAAGACGCUUAGAAGGCGUUAUUCGUGGUCUCAAGAAGGAAUCUUCAAUGAGCACGCCUUCCAAAACCCCAGCAAAAGCUCCAAGCACCACUAUUGUCUCGCCUACACCUUCGAGAGCACCUCCAUCAGCAAUGAGUACGGCUCCAGCUACUCCUGCAAAAGAUUGA